AUGGUAUCCUCAAGGUCUUCAGUAAUAUGGUUAUUAUGGUCAUUGUUGAUAGUCAAAUCCCAGAACCUUAUUAAGAACCUCAAGGAAGUGACCUUGGAAGGCCAACUCCUAAUUAGCGAAGUGAAUCCAGAUAACCCGGGUCAUGACACAGCCGAAUUUAUUGAACUUCAUCACACCAGUGGACAGAAUGUUUCCCUCGACGGCUACACACUGGUCUUGUACAAUGGAAGGACGAACGCAGCCUACAAAGUGUUCAACUUAACGGGAUAUUCCACAGAUAAGAAAGGUUUCUUCUUAAUUGGGUCAUUGGCGGUCAAGCCUGCGCCCACCAUUAUUCUACAAAACAACACCAUCCAGAAUGGACCUGAUGCCAUAGCUCUUUAUUUUGGAAAGGGCACUUACAAAGAGUCAAUGCAAGUUACUCGUGAUGGGUUAGUUGACGCUCUGGUGCAUAAGUCUAAGAGCACUGACCAAGCUGAUGGUCUUUUAAGCACCCUCACACCAGGGAUGGAGGCUUUUUUUGAAGAUGCAAAUUUUCACUCAGCUGAUGAAUCAAUUGGCAGGUGCCUGGACAUAGAUGGCAAAUGGACCUUUCACCUGACACAUGUCUCCCCAGGCAGUGAGAAUCACUGUAAGGGCUUUCCAAUCAUGAUCAAUGAGGUGUCCUCACCCUAUGCUGAACAACUAUAUGUGGAGAUCCAUGGACCACCAUCCACUUCCCUCUCUGGACUAACUAUAGCGUUUAUUAAUGGGAUGGACCAGCAAGUCUAUUUCUCUACGGACAUCAGGGGCCAAACCGAUCCCAGUGGGUUGUUUUUGCUUGUAAACGAGAAGCACGACAAUCGAGCCCAGCAGACUCUUCCCAACAAUGCCCGCCUGUUACUAAAGGGAGGCGGUGCUGUAGUGCUGUACUUGGGGAAGAGUAGUGAAGUUUUGCAGAAGAAUCGGUACACAACCAGUGGUUUGGUGAAUGCUUUAGUAUACGGUGAUUACGAAGACAUGGGAUCGCAUCCCCUUCAGGAUCUGACCACUGGCAAUAAUAUCAUUUACUGGCAUACAUGGGACGUAAAUAUAUCUGCCAGUCUUUGUAGCCAAGGAGAGGGCAUGCCUACAAUCUUCAUGCUUGGAGGCAGUACUCCAGGGCAAGCUAAUGAGUGUCCCCCAGUGCCUACCCACCAGAAUGUAACACUAUGUUUCAAAAUAAAUACAGACUGCUCCCUCUGGGAGGGUGGGGAAGAACUCUCCGACCUCUUGACUGCUGUGGCUCAGUCAUUGCAAACUCUCUGCAAGUGCCAUGUAUUUGCCAGCAUGUUCACAGAUGCCAGUCUUACUUGUCAACUUGGCUUAUUAACCCUUCAUGCCAAGCAAAACGCAACAAUGACGCCUCAAAGUGUUGACCUGGUUGAUAUUCAUCAAUUUGUAACAACGGGAAAUGCACUGAAUGUGCGUAAUAAAAGUGCCAUUGUGACAUCAGUCUGCACCCCACCCACAACAAUCUCAACAACGCCUCCAGAAAUUACUACAUUUGCUUCUCCACCUAUUAAUCCAGGCCUUCUACUAAUUAAUGAAGUCAAUCCCAACACUCCUGGAUCAGCGGAGGAUACGGAAUAUGUAGAACUUUACCACACAAGUAACAGUUCUGUUAACUUGGUUGGCUACUGGUUGGUCUUAUACAACGGGAAGAAUAACCUGGCCUACAGCAUACUCAAUCUGAAAGGCUACAGCACAGAUAAUAAUGGCUACUUUCUGAUUGGAAGCAAUAAGAUGACUCCAAAGCCUCACAUCCAGCUACGUCCCAACACCAUUCAGAACGGGGCAGAUGCCAUUGCGCUAUAUUAUCGUCCAAGAAAGACUGCGUUCACUGUAAAUAUGCCUGUGACACCGGAUGGGCUGGUAGAUGCCAUGGUAUAUGUAUCUCAAGCAAGGGAUGAUGCCUCUGGUCUCUUGAAGGUGUUAACUCCAGGACAAGAAGCUGUACAUGAGGAUGACACAUUUAUUGUGGAAGAUGAAUCCUUGAGUCGGUGCCUUGGAUUGAAGCCCUUUGACCACUCUGCCUAUCAGGUCACCAAGAUCACCCCUCUCACUAAGAAUGACUGUGAGGCUUCACCCAUAUUCCCAUUUGGCACCUCCAGACCCAGAACGUCUUCUUCUCCCCCUGCCUCCUCUGCCUCUCCUAUGACUCUGCUGAUCAGUGAAGUGGGGGUAAUGCGCGGAGCUCAGCCAUAUAGCUUCAUUGAGCUAAAGGGACCCCCUGGAGGCCAAAUCCAAGGUUACACUCUGGUCAUGUAUAAUAGAGAAGGAAAGGUUUAUGAGAAGAUUGGCGUGCAAGGUGGGAUUAGAGACACUGGAUUGUAUGUGAUCAGCACCAAUGGCACUGGUGAUCAGCAGCUCCCGGUUUUCACCAGGCCAUACACUCUCAGUCCUGAGGCCUUGGCUCUCUAUAAAGGAAGUCCUGAGUUAUUUUCCAUAGGUUCCACCUUGACCCAGAAAGAUCUGGUGGAUGCAUCUGUUUAUACCUGGGAGAGUGGUGCACCGUCUGAUGUUCUGGGAAGCCUUAAUACACCCGCCACCAUAUUGUAUGGGGAGCAUCGGUUGGUGUCUCUAAGCCUCUGUAGUCUCACCGAGGAAUUCUCUACUGCACUACUGCCCGUCCAACAACCCAGUCCUGGCUCAGAAAACAUAUGUCCCUCCACGGUCACCUCAAUACAACUUGAUCUGUGUAUGAAGGACUCUAACCUGGAUUGCUCUGAAUGGAUGAAAAUGGAGCCUAUUACACUGAAUAGAAUGAAAAUCCUGCUGAGCCAUUCCAUUGAAAACCACUGUUCUUGUACCAUACCGCCAUCCUAUAUACAAAAACUGAAUGUUACGUGUAUGCAGGACAAGCUGUCUCUCUCCGGUGACAUCUUGAGUACUCAUAGUGACCAACUCCUUAUACAAAGAUGGAACAAUGACCUUGUCAAUCAUUCCCCGGCCUUCACCUUCCAGGACAAAUCCCUCGGGUCUUUUACAGGAUGUCUAGUGGUGGAGAAGAAACAAGAAUCCUUUAAGGUUUGGCAAGUCUCUCUUCUAGUGCUGCUGUUGCUGCUCAUAAUAUUUGGAGCAGUUGGAUUUAUAAUCUACCUGCGUAAAAGGACACCACAAAACUACACCAGCAUUGAAAUGAAUGCACACAGAGAUCUGGCGAUGGAGUAUUGACAAGCAA